UGUAGGCCACGGCGCCGGCCCCGGGAGCUGGACAGAUGCUGUGGCUUUUUCAUGUUUCAGACAGACCCACCCAGGUGAAAGGGUCUUGGCGGACAGAUGCCCAGCGCCGGAGAAACCCAGGCCAGCUCCUCCUUGUCCCCCUCAUCUCCACCCUGUUCUCAGAAAAGGGCUGUGGGGUAAACAGCUGUGUGAAGAGUGAUGAGCAUGCCUUGGAGGAGUUGGAAACGGAAGGGGAGAGGCAGCUGAAAAGCCUCCUUCAGCAUCAACUUGAUACCGCUGUCUCCAUUGAGGAAUGUGUGUCUAAGAAAGAGAGCUUUGCUCCUGGUACUAUGUACAAGCCCUUUGGGAAGGAAGCAGCUGGGACUAUGACUUUGUCCCAGUUCCAGAUACUGCAUGAGAAGGACCAGGAAACUGCUUCUCUCAGGGAACUAGGGCUCAAUGAAACAGAAAUCUUGAUCUGGAAGAGCCAUGUUUCAGGUGAAAAGAGGACAAAACUGAGGGCAACCCCUGAAGCAAUACAGAAUCGUCUUCAAGAUAUUGAAGAAAGGAUCUCAGAGCGUCAGCGCAUUCUUUGCCUGCCACAGAGAUUUGCAAAGAGCAAACAGCUGACCCGGCGAGAAAUGGAAAUAGAAAACUCCUUAUUUCAGGGAGCUGAUCGUCACUCCUUCCUUAAGGCUCUUUAUUACCAAGCAUACCACAAAAAGACAAGUGCAGACAAGUACAUGACCUCAAUGAAGAGGAAGAUAAAAUUAGGCACAAAAGAUGAACCCCAAAAGAAGAACAAAGGUGAUCCCAUGAACAACCUGGAAAGUUUUUACCAAGAGAUGAUAAUGAAAAAACGUCUUGAAGAGUUCCAACUUAUGAGAGGUGAACCCUUUGCUUCCCACUCACUGGUCUCAGCUACAUCAGUGGGAGAUAGUGGCACAGCUGAGAACCCGUCAUUACUCCAGGACAAGGGAAAACAGGCAGCACAGGGUAAAGGUCCCAGUCUCCAUGUGGCAAAAGUUAUUGAUAAUUCACCUGAGCAGUGUUGGACUGGGCCUAAGAAGCUGACGCAGCCAAUAGGAUUUGUCCCAGAAGAUGAGAUCCAGAGAAAUCGUUUGUCAGAGGAAGAGAUCCGAAAAAUUCCUAUGUUUUCUUCAUAUAAUCCAGGGGAGCCAAACAAGGUAUUAUACUUGAAGAACCUUAGCCCUCAAGUGACGGAAAGAGAUCUUGUCUCAUUGUUCGCUCGGUUCCAGGAGAAAAAAGGACCUCCAAUUCAAUUCCGAAUGAUGACUGGACGAAUGAAGGGGCAGGCUUUCAUCACCUUCCCCAGUAAGGAGAUAGCAUGUCAAGCAUUGCAUCUAGUAAACGGAUACAAACUACAUGGGAAAAUAUUGGUGAUAGAAUUUGGAAAGAACAAAAAGGAACGGUCAGAUCUCCAGGCUGCUUCUCUGAUAUCACAUGCAACAGAAAGCACUACAGAAAUCAGUGGAAGCUAGAGGAUAUAAGAUUAGAGUCCUGGGAGGUCUUUCUUGCAUCAGAAUCUUGGUUCUAGGAAUUCCUUACAGCAAUUUGUUUAGAAUUGAAGAAGAGAAACUUAACUGAGGGAGAGAACAAUCUAAUUAAGAUAAUCCCUUUCAGCUUUCGGAGACAAUUGGUAGAAAACAUUUUCUAUAAUCAAAGAUGAUAUAGGACAGACAAUAUGCUGAGUCUGAAGGGUAGGGUACAAAGAAUAUCAUUUUCUCAGGACACAUUACAAAUGAUUAUUUCCAAGGAUUUUUUAAAUCAUUGUAAUUUAUCUAGAGUUUUAAAUAUUAUUCCCUAGAGAUAACUUUCUUUCCAAGACUGCCUCCUAUAUACAGAACUAAAAAAAAAAACUAAAUGUUGAAAUAUUUAUUUUUCAGAGUCCAUUUGUCUCUAAUUUUAUUCACCUAGUAAACCAAUGACCAGGACCCCCAGACCUAAACAUCAACAAAUGCUAUUAAAUGAGAACGAUCAGCAGUAACAGUAAGUAGUUUCAUAAGUCAGUACACAUAUUUGAUGAAUUAUUCCCCGUUAAGUUAUCAGUGUCUUCAAAAAGCCAUAUAUUUUUCUAAUGAAAGCAUUUAGAUCUAAAUAUUGAUGUCCUCAUGGUCAUUUAAGCUAGCUACCAUUGAGUAAUUGAAUUCAAAGCAAUAAAUAUUAAAUAAGCAUCUAAUAUAUGUUAGGUAUUAGAUAUAUGAAUUUUAAAAGGGGAACAUACUAGCAACAAUUAUUAAAGGGGGAUGGGAAGAAAGAGUUAUCUAGAAAAGAGGCAGCCAGCCCCAAAACCCCCAGUUGUUUCUGGUUGCUAGAGAAUAGAAAGAGAUUAUGGCAGAGGAAGUAGUACAAGCUUUGGAGUCACACCUGUGUUUGAACUUCACAGCUACACUGACCACUCCAUGACCUUGGCAAGUCACUUAACCUGAGCCUCAGUUUUCUCAUCUAUAAAAUGAGGAUUAUAAUACUACUUACCUCAUUGAGUUAUGAAGAUUAAAUGAGAUGAUAUUAUCCAGGCUGAAGAACAGAAAGGAAAAAAAGAAUAAAGGAAAUUGAACAGAAUAUAGGUCCAUUAAGUAUUCCAACAUACUUGUAAUGGGUGUACCAGAAAAAGAGAAGAGAAAGG